AUGGUCAAGUCGUACCUGCGCUACGAGCGCGCGUGCUCCUUCGGCGUGAUCGCCUCCCUGGAGGGCAAUGUCAUCUACGACGCCAGCGGGCGCUUCGCCAUCGCGCCGGCGCUGCAGGACGUGGCGGUCUGGAACGUGCGCCAGGGCAACAAGGUGCGCGACCUGCUGAGCCCCGAGAACGGCGGCGGCCAGGUCACGGCGCUGGCGCUGAGCCCCGACGGCAGCGACGUGGCCUGCGGCUACUCGACGGGCGCCGUGCGCGUGUUCAAGCUGGCCACGGGCGCGCUGGUCGUGACGCUGGACGGCCACAAGGGCGCCGUGGAGGCGCUGGCGUACCGCGCGGACGGCGCGGAGCUGGCCUCGGGCUCGCGCGACACGGACGUGAUCGUCUGGGACCUGGUGAGCCAGACGGGUCUCUUCCGCCUCAAGGGCCACAAGGACGCGGUCACGGCGCUGGCCUUCCUGGCGCCCGCCACGCUGGCCUCGAGCUCCAAGGACACGCUCGUGAAGGUCUGGGACCUGGAGACGCAGCACUGCGUGCAGACGUGCGUGGGCCACCGCAACGAGGUGUGGUCGCUGGCCGUGAACCCUAAGGGAGACAGGAUGCUCACGGGCGCCUCGGACAACCAGCUCCGCGUGUGGAGCGUGCAGCAGCAGGGCGAGGAAGGAGAGACCGUCAAGCUGGUGGGAUCCAUCUACAGACAGAGCAACGACCGCGCCGCGCGCGUGGCCUACAGCCCCAAGGGAGACCUCGUGGGCGUGCAGAGCGCUGGCAAGACGGUGGAGGUCUACCGCGUGCGCUCCGCUGACGAGAUCAAGAAGAAACGCCAACGUCGCGAGAAGCGUCAGCGCGAGAAGGCCAAGAAGAAGCAGCAACAGGCUGAGGAGGCCGGCAAGGGCAAGAAGCUGGUCAUCCCGAAGGUGCAGGAUGUGGACGAGGAGGACGCCGCGGACAACUCGGCCACGGACGAGCUGGAGCUGCUGUGUGUGGUGCGCUCGUCGCACCGUGUGAAGUCGUUUGCGUUCUCUCCGGAUGUUGCAAAGGAUGGCACCACCUCGCUGAUGCUCGGACUGCAGAACAACAGCAUUGAGACGUACACGCUGUCGCCCAGCGCAGCGACGCUCGAGGACAGAUAUGACAAGUCGCACGCGCUGACGCUGAGUGGCCACCGCUCUGAUGUGCGCCAGGUCGCCAUCAGCUCGGACGACCAGCUCAUCUUGUCGCUGUCGGGCGCGUCCGUGAAGGUCUGGAACUCGCGGUCAUUGCAGUGCAUUCGUACGUUGAGCGACGGUCUUUCGCUUGCGCUGUCAGCAGUGUUCGCACCAGGUAACAUGCACGUUGUGGUGGGUACCAAGCUGGGCCAACUGCUGCUUUUCGACCUGAACUCGGGUGAGUGCAUCUGGAAGGACGAGGAGGCGCAUAACGGCAGCGCUGUGUGGUCGAUCGAUGUUCGCCCGGACGGCCGUGGUAUUGUGACGGGUGGUGCCGAUCAGCACGUGAACUUCUGGGACUUUGAGAUGUACCGCCCCGACGACGCGGAGCCCAACAGCGCGCUGCGUCUCGGUCUUUCGCACGCUCGUAUGCUGAAGAUGUCGGACGACGUGCUGUGCGUGCGCUUCAGCAACACGAAGGACGCCAAGAAGCUCGUUGUCGCGGUGGCGCUGCUGGACUGCACGGUCAAGGUGUUCCACGACGACUCGCUCAAGUUCUUCGUGAGCCUGUACGGACACAAGCUGCCUGUUAUGUCCAUGGAUAUUUCGUCGGACGACUCAAUGCUGGUGACGGCGUCUGCAGACAAGAACGUGAAGCUGUGGGGUCUGGACUUCGGUGACUGCCACAAGUCGAUCUUUGCGCACCAGGACAGCAUCAUGUGCGUGCGGUUCGUGCGCAAGACGCACUACUUCUUCACCGCGUCGAAGGACAAGUCGAUCUGCUAUUGGGAUGGCGACCACUUCGAGCGUAUUCUAAAGAUCGAUCGCCAGCACUUCGGUGAGGUGUGGGGCCUCGCGGUGAGCGGUGACGGCAGCUUCGUGGUGAGUUGCUCUCAGGACCGUUCGCUCUGCAAGUACAUUCGCACAGAGGACCAGGUGUUCAUUGAGGAAGAGAAGGAGAAGGAGAUGGAGCAGCUUUUCGAGGACGAGCUGACCAACAACAGCAACGGCAAGGCGCCUGCACUGGGCAAGGAGAAGGGUGACGACGACGAGGAAGACAACGAGAACUCGGCGUCGGCUUCCAAGCGCACGAUCGAGUCGGUGCGUGCCGGUGAGAGUCUGAUGGAGGCCAUCGACCUAGCGGAGAGCGAGCUGCAGGCCAUCGCGGACUUCGAGCGUGUGCAGAAGAAGAAGGCAAAGGAGGCCGCGGCCGCCGCUAAGAAGCGGAAGCAGGAAAAGAAGAAGGCUGCGGAGGAGGCCAGGGCCAACGCUCAGCCGGGCAACGAAGUGGAGGAGGAGGAAGAGGAGGCACCCAAGAAGCCGGAGAAGGCGACGCGUCCGCCCAACAUGCUGCUGCUUGGCUACUCGCCGCUCAAAUACGUGCUGCACACGCUGCGGCGCGUCCGGCCGCACGACAUGGAGGAGGCUCUGAUCGUGCUGCCCUUCGACUACGUGGAGCGGCUGAUCCGGUUGCUGCUGCAGCUCAUCUCCGGCCACCUCGAGGUGGAGUUCUGCUGCCGCGUGCUGCUCUUCCUGCUCAAGCUGCACAACUCGGCCAUCUGCGCGCGCGUGGGGCUGUUCAACGAGCUGGAGCUGCUGUGGCAGCGCCUGCGCUCGCAGCUCGUGGACAACAAGAGCCGCAUUGGCUUCAACCUUGCCGGCCUCAAGUAUUUAAAGCGAACGAUCGACGAGGAGCGGACGGGCUUCGUGCAGGAGAUCGCCGCCACGCCCGCCACCAACGGCCGCAACAAGAAGAAGCGCAAGGUGGCCGACGUCGAAGCGUAG